AUGGCGAUCCGAUUGUAUGGAGAUGCCCUUUAUACUUUUUCCAGCCAUUAUCAGAAACUGAUGGUCGAAGAAAUAUCUACAACGUCGAGAGAAGAUGUGACGCCAAGGAUGGACUAUUUCUACAAGAAUUUUGUAAGUCUGAGAUAUUCACUUACAUUGCGAUAUUAUUUUAGACAACAAAGUUUCUGAAUUUGCUUGGAAUCGGUUCUUUUUAGGUUUUGAACAAGAAAUUGAAAAGGCCAAUGCUCCAAGAGUCUUACAAGUUUAACACAGCCAUCUUUUGCGUCAACGAAGUUGUUUUUGGUACCUCCUUACGUGAGAUUGGAGCCAUUCCGUUAUCUCUUGUCUCCAAAAUCGGAUUUCUCCCAUUUUACAUCGAAAAUGUUUUUAUCGACAGUUCCGCGACUAAGAAGGAAGCGGUUGCAGCUAUUCGCUUUGGGCACGACGCAAGAGGACUUAUUAUUUCACCUGCCGCGAAACCUUUGAUCUUCACCCAGGUCUUGAAUGCGCUCUCGUCAAAUCUUGGGCAUUUGGAAUGUUCCGUUCAAGUUUUUGAUUAUUUUGGUGUUGACAAACUACGUUUGAAGAGUCUAAAACUGCUUUGGCCAGCACGAAUUGGAGGUAGGAAUUGGCAUUUUUAAUGGUGGUUCAUGAUCUCAAAGAUUAUUUGUUUAUUUUGUUAUAGGAAUAUUUGCUUUGAUGGACGCGUCGGUCAGUGAGAUUGACCUCAGCGAGUUUGGGGAUCUUGCUUUGAAUGAAUUGUUCUUCCACAUUCACGAAUACAAAUCAAAUCGAUCAGUUAAAGUAGUCAGGAUAAAGCUGGAAAGCGACACAGGGAUAUGGACCAUCAGGAACCUCAUGAUGAACUUGAAUUGGAUGUUUCCCAAUCUAGAAGAGCUCAAGGUGAUCGUCAGUGACGAGGUGAGUUUUAAACCUGACUUGUUAUCGUAUGUUCUUCUAAUGUUUGUACAUCUGUUUUUUCAGAGGUUUGUCGUUGAGAUGCGGAGUUUCAAUUUUGCCGACUUUUUUCUGCAUCGUUACAUCUCAUCUGAUCUUGCGCUUGAAUUUCAACUGAAAUUCGAGCUAAACUUUAAUUUUGAACAUUCUACAGUAUCUUCAAGAACAGAAUUAGCGUUUCCAGAGGAUGUUGAUAGAAUUUGUAAUGAUCUCCUUUCAAUCGUCUCUAAAUUGGAUAAUAUAAUUUCUUCAAAAUUGAUAAAGAAUGGUGAUUGUAAGUUAAUAUGUUAUCAUUAUUUAAUUUAUUUGUUUAUUUCAGUCCGAAAAUACGAGAUAAUCCAAAAGCACCCAUCCAAGAAUAUCACAACCACUUCUCACGUUGGAUUUAUUUUACCUUUAACCCUCCGGACCACCCAAAAUACAAUAUUCCAGAUGUCAAGUUGAAUCUGAUUAGGUAUCUAAUACCGGUGUAUAUACAAUUGCAAUAUGUAAAUAUAUUUAGAUUAUUUUGUGAUCUCAAAGAACCAUAAAUGAUUUAAGAUUUUUGUCGUAUAAUAAUGUGAGAUUUGGCAAGUCUUUCGGAGUGAUUAACUUUAAUUAGGAAUCAUAACACAUUGCAAGCUUGUUAUGUCAUGUGUCAGAGUUGUUUUGUUGCUUUACAAGUUUAACAACGAGAUAAUAUCUGGUAAUCCCAUUAUGUGUAUAAGGCGUCAGUCGGUGGCAAUAAUGGCGGUUGGAAAAUGGAAUUGCCAGAUAUUACUUCGUUGGUGGUAUACAAAGUUUUGGUCAUUAUAUGCAUAGUUUUAAGUCAAAAGAAAGGUUACGUUAUGGUCCAAUGUUACUGCCCAAGAAGACGCUUUAAUCACGAAUUUCCUGGUUACAAGGUCCGCAGAUUACAUUUAUUUACCGAGAACGGGAGCUUAUGCAUCACCCAUUGCAAGGGACUCCCAAAAACAAUGUUUGAUCUCUUGUCUUAGCACAAGUCUGGCCUUGAAUAACAUCUCUAGAUGUGCUGCAUUCGAAUUCUUUUCACCUGGCAUUUGUGAAUUCAAAUUUCUCACCGAAAUAAACAGCCAAGUGUUGUUGGACUCAAAUUAUAAAUCAGAGGCCUUCUUAUCUCCCUGGAUUUAUAAUGGUGGCCUUCCCUAAUCUCUUUUACGUUUGUGUCCUCAGGCCAUUGCUUAUCCAAGGCCCAAUGCACCCGUAUUCUUUAACACGUCAAUCGUUGGUUUAAGAUUUACAUCAUCUUCAUUUAUAGCUAGCCUUUGUUUCGACUUGUUUUGAAAGUAAACUACCCGCAAACCCUUUUUCACUUAACUUUUGGCCUUAUUUCAGAGACGUGCCCUUAGGGGACAUGUGUCAAAUAUGUCCUUUAUUGGGUUUUAUUCAAGUUUACAUUCUCCUGUUACAAUUUUUAAAGCUUUUUGUGUGUAUCAUGAGUGGAUUUGCGUGCUCAGAUGUUUUUUAAGCCUGCUACGACAUAUUCUAACGUGUAAAUCGGAUUGCAUUAACCUCGACUUACCUUUGAAUUCAUAGUCAUACUUUUUAAAGAGACAUUUUAUAACUCUCAGACUAAAGAGCGUUUCAGUUUAUUAAUAGUCCUAAACCACAUUCUCAUUAACCACCGUUCCUUAAUUAGCCAUUUGGUCUUCGUUCGACGUUUUUUGCAAGAUCUUCUGCACAGUAACGGGCAUAUUACACAUCUUACGUUGGCAAUGAAUACAGUUAUAUUCAUGAGGAAAUGGGGUUUUAUGUUUGGAGGGAAAGAAAUGAUAUUAUUAAAAACGGUAAAAAAUAAUUACCUGUGACCACUAGCAACAACCUAAUGAACAAUCUUCAACUUGGAUACUCCGUCUUACGAGAUGCGAAGCGCCAUUAAACUCCAUGACCUUACUUUAUGUGACUUUCCGGUCGUUAUUACCAUUUGAAAUUCUUUUGUAAUUUCCUUUACUUUUGUUUUUUCUAUUGUAAUCAUUGAACGAUUACUCCCCAUUCUUAUAUUUAUCAAAUUUCCUUGCAAGAAAUGGUCCAUAUACAAUGGAACAACGAAAGCCCCGAGGCCAUUUCCCUCCACAUUAUCAUAAUUAGCUUUACAGGCCGUCUAAUGCCCCCAUUUUCCCCACUAUUCGCACUUACUGUCCGAUUCCACUCCAAGGGAAGACUUGACCUCCCACGUACGGACGAGUCGAGUCUUUCUCUUCGGUCUUUAAGGUUUUCGCGGCCCCUUUAACAGCUCCCAUAUUUACGGGCCUUUCGCGAAUUAUUUAAAAUGUUCAGUUUUUAAACAAAAGGAUUUUGAUUAUACAAUCACUGGCUGCAUUUAUACUUUCAGACCUUGGUAAAGGUGACGAAUCUAGAGAUCACGAGGUACGAUGGUAAUAACGACUUGACGACGGCCACAAUGUUCAUCUUCCAUGGAUCCUUGCCUUGGCCAUGUAUUCUAAUACUAGUCUGGGCGGUGAGCAUUCUUUUUUUUUAUUAUUAUUUAGUGAACCAAAUGAAACGAACUUAAAGGAUUAAAACGGGUAGAGCAAAACAGCCGGAAGACAUUUGGAAACAAUUUUCAAAACUGUGAAAAGUUGCAAAUAGUCUUAUCAAUCAAAAUAUUCAGGUGGCCGAGGCAGCUCGUAAUGAGAUUGUUUGUGAUCAGAUCGACUUGAGAAAUGAUCCAAAGGGGCGACAGUACAAGGGCGAUGUGAACUGCACCAUUGUCGAAGGAGACUUUAUCAUUUCUAUGAUAACACAAGACAAUGUUACCGACGAUCAUUAUCCUGUUUAUACAAGACUUAGGGAGAUCACCGGCAGUUUGGUCAUGUUCCAUUCAAAGUAAGGCAAUUUGAAUGCUUCGUAAUGAUACCAACACAAACAACAAUUUACGUUUCACUCUUGCAGAGCCCUGAUUAGUCUUGGAAGGAUAUUCCCGAACCUCCGAGUGAUCGGUGGAGAUCAUCUUGUCAUGAAUUACGCUUUAGUUGUCUACCAAAACAGAGAUCUGAAGAGUAUCGGUCUCUCUAAACUAACCCUAAUCAAGAAUGGAGGAGUUCGAAUAGCAGACAAUGCGAGAGUUUGCUAUACCAGAUACAUCAACUGGAAUUCGAUGCUCUACGGGAAGAUCAAGGAUGUGAUCAUUGAUCCAGAUGAUUCUCAAUGUCAAGAACAAUGUAUUGUAUCACAAGAUCAGCUUUGUGAGAGGACUGAUGGGAAUCUGGCUUGCUGGUCACCGAAUACUUGUCAAAUAAGUGAGUACUAUUAAUCAUCAAUUCGAAUCUUAAAAUCUUCUAAUCGUGUCUUUGUAGAAUGUGCUCAUCAUCGCUAUCCAAAUGGAACCUUCGGUCCGGGAUGCUCUGAGAAAGGCGAGAAAUGCCACCCGCUCUGUCUUGGCGGAUGUUUCGUAGCUCAAGAUCCGGGAUCAUGCUUUACUUGUCGCAAUGUUGCAUUAAAUGGAAUCUGCAUUUCUCACUGCCCUGAGGGCUUCUAUGAGUAUCGAAACAGGAAAUGUGUGACCAAACAAGAAUGCGAGGAGAUGUUACCCUUACAUUCAGAAGGGACCUUCAAGAAGAAAGAAGAGUACAAGGCCUUCAAAGGAAUCUGUCAUUAUCGAUGCCCAUCUGGAUACCAGGAAGGUAAAGAAACUCUUUCCUGCCAUAAAAAGCGCCCGAAGAAUUGUUUCGAGAUAAGAUCUGACCUUUUCAUUCAUUUACAGACCCGACAAACAGCCGGAACUGCAUAAAAUGUGUAGGCCAUUGCCCUAAGAAAUGCGCGGCGACAACUCAAGUCGACUCGGCUGGAGCCGCCUUGAAAUACAAAGGAUGUAACAUCAUAGAAGGGAAUCUGGAGAUUGAAAUCAGAAUCGGAAACGAAGCGAACACCGAGAAAUUCACCGAAGCCUUCGGAGAGGUCGAAGAAAUUCAAGGGUAAGGUCGGAAGAACAAAAUCUAAAACGCAAAAAUUAAAUCAAAAAACUUACCAUAACAAUUACAGAUAUUUGAUGAUCAGAUUCUCAUCUGUUCUUGUUACUCUCCACAUGUUCCAAAAACUCCGAAUCAUUGGCGGAAAUGAAUUAUGGCACAAUUAUUCUCUAGUUAUCCUGGAUAACCAAAAUCUCCGAGAGCUUUUUCCUUUACGCUACGACAAAUUCACGAUCAAACGGGGAAAGAUACACAUAGUCAACAACAGAAUGUUGUGCUACAAGAAGAUCCAAAACUUCCUAGAAAUGACCGGAAUGAAAUAUAAUGUAACAGAAGCAGAUGUCAGUGCAAGGAGUAACGGAGACAGAGCUAUUUGCGAUGAAAUGCCUCUGGAGAUUGAGGUAACGGGAGUGGAACCUCAUGGAUUCACAAUUCGAUGGGCUCCAUUCAAUCUGGUGGACACAGAUCACCGCAAAUUUAUAGGAUACCAGGUGGGAAGACUUAUCAAAACAUUCGAACUCCGGGAUAUGUUAUAGUUCUGCUAGGAACUGUAAUAUAUAUUCUAAUUUUUGACAUCAUAUUGUAACAUGUAUAUACAAAGGUUUAAAAAGGUACUACAAAGUAGUAAACUGUCGCAGAACUUGGGAUACUACAAAUGCAAUCCCAUCAAAAAAAUUUCCCGUUGCGAAAACAUUGAAUGCCAACGGAAAUAAAAAAAAUAUUUCAGAUAUUUUACAAAAAGGUCGAAAAGAUUGAUCCGAACCUGUCGAUCGAUGAAGACCGCUCCGCGUGUGCCGAUACAUGGCGGAUGCAAUUUACUGAAGCGACAAUUGAUGAAAGCGGAGAGCCGUAAGUUUUAGUUGUUUUAUACGUUUAUCUUCUUUUAGUGGGAGCGAAGUGGCCGCAAACAGUGGAGAACUCAUUACAACUGGAGUAGAAGCUAAUUCGCUGUAAGUAAAAUGCAUUUUCUUUUUAUCUCAUGAUCUUUUAGAUAUGCAUUUUAUGUGCAAACGCGAGUUGUGAACCACCCAGGAGCCCGCAAUGCCAUCUCUAAGGUUGACUUCGUGAAGACCCAUUUUGGUGUUCCGGAUCCUCCAAGAUUACGGUUCUCUGAGACUUUGAGUGAUGAUCAAGUCGAGGUCACAUUUGAUCCUCCUCCAAUUCCUAGAGGUACUAUUACUCACUACACUGUCGAAUGGGAAAUUCAGACUGAUAUGGAGUUUCUUGAACAUGCAAAUGCAUGUCUCGACGACUGUAAGUUACUGGUUUAUUAGUUUUAUUGUGUUUAGGGUCGAAGAUAAGAGAGACUACUCAACCUCAGAAACCUCAGGAAGGAGUUUGCAUGAAGGAUCAGGGGUGUUGUGAAUGUAAAGAUGUAGACGAACAAAAGCAAACAGUCUCUCGCAAACAAUACGAUGUAAAGGGUAUUCCAGUUGAAGAAUCGAGAUUGGAUGAGAGUGGAGCCUUUGAAAAUGCGAUUCAGAAUUUAAUCUUUAUUCAAAGGUUGGUUUUGGGCACAAAUGAUAUUACUCUUUACAAGGGUUAAUACACUGUUCAGAUUGAAUGUAUUAUAAUGGGUUUGAAUAUUAGGCUACUAUUAGGUUACAUUGUAACUGGUCCAUAUUUUUUGCUACGAAGGGGUUUUAAGUCUACUAACGAUGAUCACACUAAAACGCACCUUAAUAUAAUCGAGCUGCAGGCUCUCAUAAUACAUUUUACAAAACUGCUUACCGCACGGUCUGUUAAUGAAUUUAAUGUUCGUGAAGAACAUUACGACUUAAAUAACGCAAUGCCACUUUAAUCUUGUGCUUUAUGAAGGUGUGGGGUCAAAUACGAUCCCCGCUAUUGCCGCCCCUUCAUCCGAGACCCCGCAAUGCCGGCAAUGGAGGUGCCUCAACGACUGACGAGGAUGCCCAACGUGAAACCGGCAGCCCAGAAUCAUCCGAAAAGACGUCGGCGAUACUAUUAUAACUCCUCACCUCGACCUCGGCCAGCUUUUUUAGGGUAUCCUUUAAUCGGCUUUUCUAUCGCUUUCUUCCGGGUUUGCAGUGGACGGCAACUAAUCACACCCUCAAUGUUCUUUCCUUAUUAACAUCACCUUUAUCUUCUAUCUCUGUAAUCCAUCUUAUCUCUGUUACACACAAUUUCCUGCUUAUUUAAUGCACUAGCACAGCAAGGGAUACGGUGAUUUAUAUAACAAGGAAAGUACUUCUACGGGGUGUGGAGUUACAGGUCGAGAUAUAUAUCAAAAAAUUCGCAAAAAUUUUCUGAUUCAGAAUAUAUAAAAAUUAGCUGCCUAAUUUUAGUCUGAUGACAUGUUUUUGUCCUCAGAAGUUUUCUCGCGACACCAUGCAAGUGUCUUUUUGACCGUGUUUUUACCAAUAAAAAAAUUUUUUUUGUGCUAAAAUAAAUUCUGAGGCUUUGACAAGCCUUAAAAUAUCAAAUUGGAUUACAACUACACCUUAAUAGUAGUUCCAAUGUAAAAAAAUGGGCUCUGUGGCAAAAGGAUUCGAACCCACGGGGCAGCCUUUCCCGUUGGAUUCUCAGUCUACCGCUCUAACCACUCGGCCACACCGCUCUCUUCCGAAGGAAGAGACCGAGCGCGCUUUUGUUGCCGGAGUUUUUUUUCCUCGAGAAAUACAUUUAUUGAUAAAACUCGUUGAUAAACCAAAAUUAGGCAGCUAAUUUUUAUAUAUUCUGAAUCAGAAAAUUUUUGCGAAUUUUUUGAUAUAUAUCUCAACCUGUAACUCCACACCCCAUAGAAGUACUUUCCUUGUAAAAAAGUUUAGAAGAUCUUUAAAAAAGAAGCAGAUUAGUUUGUAUUACUCUUAUUUUGUGGAUGUUACCCUUGGGAUUUGGUAACGGUGUUUGCUGGUGACUCUUGGGAGUUUUCUUAUUUAUUUGGAGGGCCUUCUUUCGUACUGUGAUACUAUUCAUCUUCACUUUAUUUUUGGUGUUACCCUUCUAAUUUCAGCGUUGACUCCGGUCCUCGAACCAAGAAAAUUGAGAAAACAACGGAUAGAGAAUCUUUUUUCAAAGUGAAGAGAGCAGUUGAUAAAGCGGCCCCUUCAUCUACAGUAUCCGUUCAGGAUAUCUUGAGCAAAAAGAAGUACGCCUACAAUAUCAGCAGACUGGACCUGUCGGAUCCCAAGUUCCCAGCUGAAUUCAGAAACAAAGGACAGAUUAAUAUCACGGGGCAGUCCAUUAUUCUGGCUGGAUUACCUCAUUUUACGGAGUAUACAAUCUCGGUGAGAUUUUUCAAUCUUUCAGAAGAGAUUCAAAUUUCUUUAUUUCAUCCAAGAUUAAUAUAUAAGAAUGAGGUGGAUUUCCAUCCAUAAUCGAUGAGAGUAUAUAUUCCCGUUUCUAGAUCUAUGCUUGCCAAGACAUCUCCGAGCCCGAUAACUCGUGUUCUCAGAAACCGGCUUGGGCCAAUGUUCGGACUGCUCCAAUUCGUAUGUUUGGAUUAUUUUAUAUUGAUCUGAACAUUUAGCCGAGUUUGAUCGAGUUGAUGAGAGCACUGUGUUUGUGUGGAACGGCACUGAUGGGAAGCCAGACUCAAGGCACGUGACGUGGUCACCUCCAAAAAACCCGAACGGCCCAAUCUUGGCCUAUCAUGUCAAACUUUUCAAAGGUGACUCGGUAAGUCAUGUAUCGGUUAAUUUAUAUUAUGUUUAGAUCCCAAUGCCCUUGUGUAUAAAUAAAACCGAAUACGAGAAGAAUGGGGGAGUCACAUUUACGGGCCUAACUGACGGAGAUUACACCUUCCACAUAUCUACAGUAACCCUGGCGGGAGUCAGUGAACCCACAGUUGUCCCAAGUCUCUUUAUCCUCAACAAUAAGGGCCCGAAUUACAUCCUCUGGAUCCUGAUUUUCUUGCUAAUAAUAAUGCUAUUGGCAUUGCUGGGAGUCUACAUUAUACCUUUGUUUAUCCCCGACAGAAUCAAGAAGAUGAAGAUGGCCAGUUUCACGAUGAACCCAGAGUAUCUGACCGAACUCAUGAUGUACGAGAAGGAUGAAUGGGAAUUGGAAAGAGAUGUGAUCACACUGGAAAGUGAGAUUGGAAAGGGAAACUUUGGAAAAGUGUUCUACGGAAGAGCCAAUAAUGUGAAAUCAAUGGCUGGGAUCGAGUUCUCGGAAUGUGCCGUCAAGACGUUGAGUACGGAGGUGGGCGGACAAGAUCGAGUCCCUUUCCUCGCCGAAGCUCAUCUCAUGAAGAAAUACAAGAGUCCCCAUGUUGUGAUGCUUCUUGGAGUCGUCAGCGACCCUCCAGUUAUGGUCGUCAUGGAGUAUAUGAAACACGGAUCCCUCAGAGAUUACUUGACCCGGUUUAACCCUCAUGAUGAACAUUAUGAGAACAAGUAUUUGACCUACAAAAGAAUGGUGUUGUGGGCGUUGGAGAUUGCAGAUGGGAUGGCUUACCUGGAGAAUAAAAAAUUUGUUCAUCGAGAUCUGGCUGCCAGGAAUUGUAUGGUCGAUAAAAACGAGAUUGUCAAGAUUGGAGAUUUUGGAUUUACCAGGGAUAUUUACUACAGAGACUACUACAAGCCAACUGGAAAUCAUCUAAUGCCGGUCAGAUGGAUGUCCCCUGAGGCGUUGAGAGAUGCAAGGUACACCUCCAAGUCAGAUGUUUGGUCAUAUGGGAUUGUCUUAUAUGAGAUCUUGAGUUUGGGAGCUCAGCCUUAUGGUGGACUGAGUAAUGACAGUGUGUUCAGCUAUGUGGUCAAUGACAAAUUCUGUUUGGUUAGACCUCAUGGAUGCCCGAUCUUCUGGUAGGUCCUUGUCUAUUACAAUAAUAGGCCUUAAAUUGUGUUUAGGUAUGCGCUGAUGCGUUCUUGUUGGCGCUACAAUCCUUUGGACCGUCCUUUCUUCUGGGAAAUUGUCCAAUAUCUCUCCACUUUCCUCGAUCGAGGCGAACCCAUAUUAGAUGUCGCCUUUGCUUUGAAUAUGGAGAAGGAAGAGAUUCAAAAAACAGAAGCUGAUCGAACAGACUUCUAUAAGUCAAUCAUUGGGGACUUUGCUGGACCCAAUAAUGGCGCCAUUUACACCUCAGGCAAUGAUCGAAGGAGACGAAAAAGGAACAGAAGGCAUGGAGGAAGGACGGAUAUCGACAGAACUCUCAACGGAAUGGAAUCGGACUCGAAGGAGGAUGAGGAAGCGAGGAAUUACAACCUCCAUGCAGCCAUCAAGUUCAUGGUCGAUAAUGAUAUGCGGGUUUUGGAUGGUUUUGAGGAUGAAGAACAUAAAAUUUCGAUGCAUUAUUACGACGGAAUGCCCAUCGACGCAUGGGAAGAGAUGGCCGAAUUGCACAGAGCAAUCGAAAUGAGCGAACAAAUGGUUCAGAAUGGGGAAGAGGAUGACGAGCGCCUCACUGAGCUCAAUGAUGAUCGCAUAUUGGACUUUGUGGAUGGGGAUAUGGGCGAUUCGGAUCACCGAUAUGAUGAGGGGGAGGCCGGAGAUGUCGAAGAAAGUGUGACAGAAACGGAUGAUACGGUAAGGGGAAGAAGAAAAGGCGGAUUUAUGUGCUUUAGGAGUCCGGAAACUAUGAAUCCGAGAUCCGUCGCCCAAAUAUCAUCGAACGAUUCGCCAAGGACUUCAAGAUUUAUCCAAUGGAUCUGGACAGGGGAUCGGACAUGACUAAACUUCUUCCUCCCAGGGAUAAAUUGAUCACGGAGAUCAGAAACGAAUAUGUCCCGGAACUCUCGGCCACCGCUUUGGAUUACGCGAGUGAAUCCGGGCAAACUGAUUCAACCGAAUCAAAGCAAGACGGGAUGGAUAUCGCAGAACUGGAAGCCCUGAGGGAAUCAUGCAAGAAGAAUCUCCCCCAUCCAUCCAAAAGUAACAUCCGAAGUCAGAAUUCAGUCCCUUCCCUUCCCUCAAUAGCUGAAGUUGACUUGGCCAGAUAUUCGAAUAACUGA